UGACCGCGACGGCGGCUGUCUUAUGACCUAAGCCGACCUCAAGCCCUGGCGGCGAGGCGCCUAUCCCUCACCGCGCCCUCUGUACCCUGACUGUGCUGGCUGCUCCUUGGAUUGUGCUUGCUGCACCCUGAACGCGGUAACGAAUCCAACGAACGCGUUCGCUGCACACCGAGCACCGGUCAACCAGUGCAUUCCCCACGCGCUAUACCAGCCUAGCAGCACUAUUCUGCACCGCACCAGUCCGACCAGCGACUCUGCACGUCCUGGCAUCCGCGCUCACUUCAUCCACGACCGCUCCUACCUAAACCCAAGAAACCCAACAUACGCUGCAUGUUUGAUAAGCACUGCACGCUGUACGAAUAACCCCCAUACUCCCGACGAUUAGUCGAACCCUUCACGGAUAUUUCAACCCACGACGAACAGUCCGGCCUCUACGAACGACCUCCUUUCCCCGUCCCCUUUCGCCUCCUGUUGUACGAACUUCCCGGCCGCAUAUGGCGACGGUCACUCUCCUCGAGCCGCCCCGGACGGUGACCGCCUUCCCCGGUGUUCUCAACAUCACAGGCGCUAUCGAGCCCACCUCAGCGCCCGCCGCCAGCGCCCCACCACCACCCACCCAAGACAACCUCCCUCCCAUCGAACAUAGCCCAGCCCCUACCGACGAAAGCCCCGCACCCACCGAAGAGAGCGCCUCGCCGGAGGAGGAUGUUGACCUCGACUCCGAGUCGGACAACGACUCAGUGCACAGCUGGUCCACCGCGCGCACCUCGCACCGACAUCGAGAGCGGCGCGUGGAGUUCGAUCCGGCGUGUACAGAGAUCACGGAGACCGUGCGGACGACAACGGUGUGGCUGGACGAGCAUGGGCACCGCAGACGGUCGAGAGAGCGCAAGCGGCAUCGGCGGCGCUACUCGCAACACCACUGUCAUGACCAGAUUGGGUGGCCAAUGUCAAGAGACAUGCUCUGCCUCGUCACCCUCUGCUUCAUCCUCGGCUGCCUUACCAUUAUCACCUUCCGCCCCUUCGCCCUCCAGUACUUGGAUAUCGACCGGGACCACGACCCAGAUCAGUGACCAGACGUGCACCUGUUUCAGUGACUAGGUGCACGCUCGGUCGUGGACCUCUCUUACAGGUCGUGGCUCCCUUCUUGCGCGAGCGCGUUAUUACCCUAAAUUAUCGGACUCGACUCCUCUUGGACCCUUGUAUAUCAGACUGGCGUAGGUAUGACAGAACGAUGCAUUUGCGCUGGAUGCGCAGACAAAACUAUGAUGUGCGAACAUGAGCGUGAACAGACCUCUGACGAGGCCACGAAACAGGUGUGCACAUGAAUAUCAUCUUCCUCCGCCUACUCUUCGUAGAUCCGGACCUUCCCUCCGCCCCAUCUGCGCAUGAGCGCAGCGCCGUCGCCCGUAGGCUGCGUGAACGCCACU